UGAGCGCCAAUGAGAAGCGCUCGACACGGAGUCAUAUAAUCAAUCGAUAACGCUGAUCAGAACCAUUUACUGUAACCCUCCACGUUGAUUCAUUUAUUCUAACUUUCUGAAGGCCUUUCCAUGUCUCAAAAAAUACACUCUGCGGACGGUAUACUACAAGUUAUUCCUCUGCCAGGACACCCUGCAAUACUCCCCAAAGCAGGCGAAACAAAUAUCUUGAUCACAUCUGCCUUGCCUUAUUGUAAUAAUGUGCCACAUUUAGGGAAUAUAAUCGGGAGCACUCUGAGUGCAGAUGUAUUUAGUCGGUAUAAUCGAACCCGCAACCGACCUACACUCUACAUCUGCGGGACGGACGAGUACGGAACGGCCACAGAGACACAAGCGUUGAAAGAAGGUAUCACACCAAGAGAGUUGUGCGAUAAAUACCAUGUGUUGCAUAAGGAGACUUAUGAGUGGUUUGAUAUCGGAUUCGAUUACUUUGGCCGGACGUCUACGCCCUUACAUACAGAAAUAUGUCAAGAAACUUACAAAAACCUCGGCAAGAACGGAUAUCUGGAACCGCAGAGUAAAGAACAGACUUAUUGUGAAGAUUGUGGAAGGUUUCUAGCAGACCGAUUUGUUGAAGGAACAUGUCCUCACUGUGGAUACGAGGACGCUCGAGGCGAUCAAUGCGACUCUUGUAGCCGCACCCUCGACGCAAUCGAACUUAUUCACCCUCGCUGCCUCGUCAACAAAUCCCACCGCGUUGUCCCCCGUUCCUCCACACACAUGUACGUCAAACUCGAUACCCUCCAACCGCAAACCGAGGCCUGGAUUAAACAGGCUGCGAAGAAGGGGAAAUGGUCGGCGAAUUCGGUGGUGCAAACGACACAUUCCGGAUCUAAUUCCGACGUUGAGAUCAUCGAUGCGAGGAUGAAAGGGGGGCUUAUUCCCGCGCCUCUAACAAGAGAUUUGGUAUGGGGAGUUCCAGUUCCGGAGUUAGGGAGGGAGGACGACGCGCUUAUGAAGGAGAAAGUCCUUUACGUCUGGUACGACGCCCCCAUCGGAUACCCCAGUAUUACAGCCAACUACACCCCCGACUGGAAGAAAUGGUGGUUCAACCCUAAAGACGUGAAUCUCUACCAGUUCAUGGGGAAAGACAACGUAUAUUUCCAUACGGUGUAUUUUCCUUCGAUACAGAUUGGGGAUGGGAGAGAUUGGACGAUGUUGCACCAUCUUUCCACAACGGAAUAUCUUAAUUACGAAGGCGGGAAAUUUUCCAAGAGCCGCAAUCGGGGUGUAUUUGGUCCUCAGGCGAGAGAGACGGGGAUCCCAGCAUCUGUAUGGAGAUAUUAUCUGCUGUCAACACGACCUGAAUCAGCGGAUGCCAUGUUCUCGUGGGCAGAUUGCAUUGCAGCGAACAACAAUGUUUUAUUAAACAACUUCGGAAACUUUGUGAAUCGGGUCCUCAAAUUUAUCUCAUCCCAAUACCAAGGCAUUGUUCCUAAAAACUCUGACUCUGACUCCCCGGGACCCCUCUCCCUAAAUGACCCCAACGACUCCAUUUUUAUCUCCCAAGUCAAUAAUCUGCUGCAGGACUACAUCCUCCUCAUGGACUCUGUCAAACUCCGUCAAGGUCUUCAAACCAUCAUGUCCCUCUCCCAACUCGGCAAUGCCUACCUCCAGUCCUCUGGCCUAAACAAAGCAUUGAUGUCGUCUGACCCCACCCGGACAGCACAAGUUCUAUCUAGAGCGCUUAAUUUGAUAUAUGUGUUAUCGGCAUUAGUAGAACCGUAUAUGCCUGCGACCGCGGACGCGAUGCUGGUGCAGUUGAACGCGCCCAAGCGUGCGGUGCCGGAGGUGUUGAGUACGGAUAUAUUGGCGGGACAUGAGAUUGGGAAGCCGGCGCAUCUGUUUAAGAAGAUUGAAGAAGGGAUGGCGGAGAAAUUUAGGGAGCAGUUUGGGGGAGACGAAGCCAAGGUUGUUUCUACGACUAAAUCCGCUUCCGCGACUGGCUCAUCGAAAACAAAAUCGAAAUCAAAAUCAAAAAAACAGGACGCUGCUGCGCCAGUGUACACUGCUCCCUCCGACGUGAAACGAGGCGAAUGAUGGGGCUUGGAGGUUUUCCGGCCGUGCAUUAGUUUCCAGUGUACAUACUCGAAAAUCAGGAAUCUCGUUCCACAUUUGAGUGUGGUAAUUUUGUUAGAAUCUCGCCUCUCUUUGUUUGAGAUACAUUCCCAUCUAAGACUUUGCUUUUGCUUCCCCCCUCUCUUUGAGACUCUCGCAUUCGCCUUCCCGUCUCUCCGCGCUCUCGAAAUAUCAGUGAAAUGGCUCUUACCGUAUCUACCCAGCCAUUCCCGGGCCACAAGAUUCGCGUUCUGCAGCAUUUACUUUCCCCAUGUAUAUGGAAUGACAUCUCCCUCUAUAGAAUCUAUGCAUAUUUUGUAACAUAG